CGCCGAGCGAAGUUAUAUUGUAUCCCAGUUCGGAGGUUUUUCCAAAUUUUAGAUUCGAGCCGCAGCUGCGCUCGCUUAACCAAAUUCAAGAUGAGAAUCGCUCCGUUCGCUCUGCUCGUUGCUGCUGCUGCUGUGGGUAUCGCUCAAGGCCAGCGAACCCCGCAAAUAUCCUACAUCUCCGAGGAGCAGGUCAAGGACAUCGGCGGCACCGUCGACCUCGUCUGCUCGGUCCAGUACAGCCAGGACUAUCCCGUGCUCUGGCUCAAGAUCGACGACGACGGCUACGGCGAUCUGCCCAUCACCUCCAACACGGCCCUCAUCAUACGCGACAGUCGCUUCGCUCUGCGCUACGACCCGAGCUCCACCACGUUCACCCUCCAGAUCAAGGACAUUCAGGAGCACGACGCCGGCACCUAUCGCUGCCAGAUCCUCAUCUCGACCACCAGCGUCAUCAGCUCGGAGGUGACGCUGGGAGUGCGUAAACCACCGUUGAUUAUUGAUAACCCGGCCAGAUCGCAGCUGGUGAGGGAGGGACAGUCGGUGCAGCUCGAGUGCUUCGCCGUGGGACUGCCGAAGCCGAGGAUCUCCUGGAGGAGACAGAACAACGCGAUUCUGCCCACGGGUGGGCCGAUUUAUCGCGGCUCCAUCCUCAAAAUCGCCAGCGUCAGCAAGGACGACCGCGGCACGUACUACUGCGUGGCCGAGAACGGAGUCGGUCGCGGCGCCCGUCACACCAUCGACCUCCAGGUCGAGUUCGCCCCCGAGGUCGGCGUCGUCCAUGCGCGCCUCGGCCAGGCCCUCGAGUACGAUCAGAAUCUCGUCUGUCAGAUCGAGGCCUACCCACCGGCCAGCGUGACCUGGUACAAGGGCGAGGAGCGCGUGGGCGGCGGCCAGCACUACAGCACCUCGUCGUAUCAGGCCUCGAGCGAGCUGCUCGAGUCGACGCUGAGGAUCAUCAAGGUCGAGCCCAAGCAUUACGGCGAGUACACGUGCAAGGCCCAGAACAAACUCGGCGCGGCUGAAGCCAAAGUCGAGCUCUAUGAGACUUACAAGCCCGAAUGUCCACCAGCUUGCGGCCCGACGAAGAGGAGAUACUAAUAAUAAUAAAUAAUAAGACUUGACGCACGGGGGGAUCGAUUCGAUCGAUCGAAUGUGUGCCAAUAAAUCAACUGUGUGCCAUUUUUCGUAAUCUUUUGUA